GCACUUGGGCUGGCGCCGCCGCCGCCGCCGCCGCCGCCUCGCGCGCUCCCGCUCCGCCGCCGCGGCCGGGGCCGCGGGUGCCGAGUACCAUGUGCGACGGCGCCCUGCUGCCUCCUCUCGUCCUGCCCCUGCUGCUGCUGCUGCUCUGGGGGCUGGACUCGGGCACAGCUGUCGGCGACGCGGCCGCCGACGUGGAGGUGGUGCUGCCUCGGCGGGUGCGCCCGGACGACGUGCACCUGCUGUCGCUGCCCGGCGCCGCGGGACCCCGACGGCGGCGGCGCCCCCGCACGCCCCCCGCCGCCCCGCGCCCCCGGCCCGGGGAGCGCGCCCUGCUGCUGCACCUGCCGGCCUUCGGGCGCGACCUGUACCUGCAGCUGCGCCGGGACGUGCGCUUCCUAUCCCGAGGCUUCGAGGUGGAGGAGGCGGGCGCGACCCGGCGCGGCGGACGCCCGGCCGACCUGUGCUUCUACUCCGGCCGCGUGCUCGGCCACCCCGGCUCCCUGGUCUCGCUCAGCGCCUGCGGCGCCGCCGGCGGCCUGGUCGGCCUCAUCCAGCUGGGGCAGGAGCAGGUGCUGCUGCGGCCCCUCAACAGCUCCCGGGGCCCACUCAGCGGACGAGAACAUCUGAUCAGGCGCACAUGGUCCACCGGGGCCCAGGCACCUGGGCGGUUCUGCAAGGUACUAACAGAGAAGCAGCUGAACGGCAGCAGGCCGGCGCGGGACUGGCGGGAGCGGAGGCACGCCAUCCAGCUCAGCGAGCGCACGGUGGAGACCCUGGUGGUGGCCGACGCCGACAUGGUGCAGUACCACGGGGCCGAGGCUGCCCGGAGGUUCAUCCUCACCGUCAUGAACAUGGUGUACAACAUGUUUCAGCACCAGAGCCUUGGGAUUAAGGUCAACAUCCAGGUCACCAAGCUGGUGCUGCUGCAGCAGCGUCCGGCCAAGCUGUCCAUUGGGCACCACGGCGAGCGGUCCCUGGAGAGCUUCUGUCACUGGCAAAACGAGGAGUACGGGGGCGCACGCUACCUGGGCAGCAACCAGGUUCCCGGCGGGAAGGACGACACGCCCCCUGUGGACGCCGCCGUGUUUGUGACCAGGACAGACUUCUGCGUCCACAAAGACGAACCGUGCGACACCGUGGGCAUCGCGUACCUGGGAGGCGUGUGCAGCGCUAAGAGGAAGUGCGUGCUUGCCGAAGACAAUGGUCUCAACUUGGCGUUCACCAUUGCCCACGAGCUGGGCCACAACUUGGGCAUGAACCAUGACGACGAGCACACGUCCUGCGCCGGCCGCUCCCACGUCAUGUCUGGGGAGUGGGUGAAAGGCCGCAACCCCAGCGACCUCUCCUGGUCUCCCUGCAGUCGCGAGGACCUGGAAAACUUCCUCAGAUCCAAAGUCAGCGCCUGUCUGCUGGUCACGGACCCGAGGAGCCAGCACGCUGUGCGCCUGCCCCACAAGCUGCCCGGCAUGCACUACAGCGCCAAUGAGCAGUGCCAGAUCCUGUUCGGCACCAACGCCACCUUCUGCAGGAACAUGGAGCACCUGAUGUGCGCCGGGCUGUGGUGUCUGGUGGAAGGAGACACGUCUUGCAAGACCAAGCUGGACCCCCCGCUGGAUGGCACCGAGUGCGGGGCAGACAAGUGGUGCCGCGCUGGGGAGUGUGUGAGCAAGACGCCCAUCCCGGAGCACGUGGAUGGGGACUGGAGCCCCUGGGGCGCCUGGAGCAUGUGCAGCCGAACGUGUGGGACCGGAGCCCGCUUCCGGCAGAGGAAAUGUGACAACCCCCCCCCAGGGCCUGGAGGCACGCACUGCCCGGGCACCAGUGUGGAGCACGCAGUCUGCGAGAACUUGCCCUGCCCCAAGGGUCUGCCCAGCUUCCGGGACCAGCAGUGCCAGGCGCAUGACCGACUGAGCAGCAGGAAGAAGGGCCUGCUGACCGCGGUGGUGGUUGACGAUAAGCCGUGUGAACUCUACUGCUCGCCCCUUGGGAAGGAGUCCCCACUGCUGGUGGCCGACAGGGUCCUGGACGGCACCCCCUGCGGGCCCUACGAGACCGACCUCUGCGUGCAUGGCAGCUGCCAGAAAAUCGGCUGUGAUGGUGUCAUCGGGUCUGCAGCCAAAGAGGACCGGUGUGGCGUCUGCAACGGGGACGGCAAGACCUGCCGCGUGGUCAAGGGCGACUUCAGCCACUCCCGGGGCACAGGUUACAUUGAAGCUGCUGUCAUUCCGGCUGGAGCGCGGAGGAUCCGUGUGGUUGAGGAUAAGCCUGCCCACAGUUUUCUGGCUCUCAAGGACUCUGGCGAGAGAUCCAUCAACAGCGACUGGAAGAUCGAGCUGCCGGGAGAGUUCCAGGUCGCAGGCACGACAGUCCGCUACGUGCGAAGGGGCUUGUGGGAGAAGAUUUCCGCCAAGGGGCCCACCAAAACGCCGCUGCACCUGAUGGUGCUGCUAUUUCAUGACCAGAACUACGGGAUUCAUUACGAAUACACCGUUCCUGUAAACCACACGGCUGAGAACCAGAGUGAGCCGGCGAAGGCGCAGGACUCUCUGUUCAUCUGGACCCACAGUGGCUGGGAAGGGUGCAGCGUGCAGUGUGGAGGAGGGGAGCGCAGGACGGUCGUGUCGUGCACGCGGAUUGUCAACAAGACCACCACGCUGGUGAAUGACAGCGACUGCCCCGCAGCGAGCCGCCCGGAGCCCCAGGUCCGGAGGUGCAACACACACCCGUGCCAGUCCCGGUGGGUGGCAGGCCCGUGGAGCUCCUGCUCGGCCACCUGUGAGAAGGGCAUCCAGCAUCGGGAGGUGACCUGCGUGUACCAGCUGCAAAAUGGCACCCACGUCGCCACACGGCCCCUCUACUGCCCGGGCCCCCGGCCAUCGCCAGUGCAGAGCUGCGAAGGCCAAGACUGUCUGUCCAUCUGGGAGGCAUCAGAGUGGUCACAGUGCUCUUCCAGCUGUGGGAAAGGCCUACAGAAGCGGACAGUGACGUGCACCAACUCGCAAGGCAAGUGUGACGCGUCCACGCGGCCGAGAGCCGAGGAGGCCUGCGAGGACUACUCGGGCUGCUACGAGUGGAAGACGGGGGACUGGUCCAAGUGCUCGUCCACCUGCGGGAAGGGCCUGCAGUCCCGCGUGGUGCAGUGCAUGCACAAGGUCACCGGGCGCCAUGGCAACGAGUGCACCGCCCUCUCCAAGCCGGCGGCCUACAGCCAGUGCCAGCAGGAGGUGUGCAAUGACAAGAUCAACGUGAACACCAUCACCUCGCCUCGGCUCGCUGCCCUGACCUACAAGUGCACACGGGACCAGUGGGCGGUGUACUGCCGGGUCAUCCGAGACAAGAACCUAUGCCAGGACAUGCGGUGGUACCAGCGCUGCUGCCAGACCUGCAGGGACUUCUACGCCAACAAGAUGCGCCAGCCGCCUCCGCCACCGAGCUCCUGACGCUGGUGCAGCCGUCACUCAGCGCUCCCCUUCUGGGUCUGACACCCGGGCAUCUGGCAGGUGCCAGCCCCGCGGCCGGGAUCCCCCAGAGUACACCCCCGCGCCCACCGGGGCUGCCCCAGGAAUCCAACCACACAGAACUCGACCGUGGACUUGAUGUUUGCCAUUAGUGCUUCUUACUUAACGUGUCGUUAACCGCCACUGGAUGGCUUUCUACAGUAGGGAAAGACCAGCCCGGGUCACAAAGUCUGGUCAACAUCCAAGGCUCCAAGUACCGCAGAGGGGGCCGCCCGGGACAGACGCCCGUCCCGGAGAGGCGUGGCGUCCCGGCCUCUGUCUCGGCUUGCUUUGGACGUUCGCGGGGCAGCACGCUGCAAAGGAGAAGACACUUGAUUGACUCAAGGAAGCAAGGGGCGGGUCUUGUUCCCGGAAACACGAGAACCAGGACUUUGUAUCUCUGCCCGUCUCUGAGUGGACACUCCCCUCGCCACCCGUGAUGGCGGAAGGGUCGGGCGUGGGGACGCGGGAGAGCCUUAUCCUGGAGGUGGGCGACUGCUUCUUAACUCACAGGUGAACCCAGGACGGGGCCUGGGACCCCGCACCAGCCACAGAAAGCUGUACACGCUGCGGUCGCCAGGUCACCUCCCAGGAGCUUUCCACUGACCCUGGCCUCUGAGGUUAGGGUCCCCUUUCGGAUCUCCGAGGACACACGCCCCGGCCUGGGGUGUGCAGGGUAAGCCUGUUCCUCAUCCUGGCACCAGGCGGGUCCCCCCCAGGACCACUCAGCCUGGAGGGGGGGUCUAGGCUGGCAUCACGGCACACCCCCCACUCCUCCCUGAGCCCACUGUCAUCAUGGUGUCACACACACACACACACACCCCGCAGAAGCCCAAAGCAAUGGCCACGGAGGCCCGGAGGGCCCUGCCUGCCCCUCCGGAGCCAGGCGGCCUCUUCCUGGGCGCUUACGUGGUGGGCUUCACCCCAGGGUUCACACAGGUUCUCCUUGGGCUCACUUCCAAGUGCUUCCUGGUCUAUUGGUGCUGUGUGUCUGUGUCUUUUUUGAUGUCGCAACUUUAGGAGUUAGCUUAAAUCAGAAGAUAAAAGCAGCCAGCUCUGUGCCUUGUCCAUCCUGUGUGCGGGGCUGGGUUUUCUUGUUGAUUCUGCCCCUCCUGGAGGCAGAGCAGUACCAGGAAAGGCCGGGUGGGCGUGGCUUCACUCCCAGCUGGCCCAGGAGACCUGCUGGGAAGCUUCCUGAAGACAAAGUGCCUGGGUGGCCUCCCGCUGUCACCCCCAGGCCUGUGCCUAGCUCUGUACCCUGCCCCCCAGCUCAGGCCUGGCUGCCACAGGCUCCACACUCCCCAGACAGGCUGUUGAUUCAACAGACAUGAGCUUCGGGGGCCAGGGUCUACACGGCAACACCGCCUGUGCCUCCGCACGGGCCCAGGGCCCACCUGAGCCUGGCCAACAGUGCACACGCCAGCAGCUGGGCAUCCCCCGCUUGCCACCACUGCCAGGCGGCCGCCCCGCGCAAGGGCCCAGGCCUUCAGAUCUGCACGCACUCCCUGGGUUCAAAGCCCACAUCGUGCCCAGCCCUCUCGGCUCAGGCCGCAGGGUGGCUGCCGAGGCCCCCACCAGGCUGACGGCCACGAAGCCGUGGCGACCUCCCCGACCCACUUUGUGUGGGCCCCUGGAGCUCAGAUUAGAGCGGUGAUGCUUCUGUGGAUGAAAAUGUCCCGUACUGUCACUCGAGUACUGUACCUGUCCCUUUCGGUGCUAUUUUUACUGGUGCAACACGAGACCCCCUAGCUGACUGGGCUUGGUUCUAUCAGAACACGGAAGCCUCAUCCCCCUCCCCCACUGCAGAGUCAGAUGUAUAUACUUCCCACUAGUAACUUCCACUAUGUACUGUACCCCUGGUAUUUGUUUUACUUUUUUGGUGCUGGUUUUAAAAGAAAAAAAAAAAAGACAAACAUUGGACACCAUUAUACAUGAAAAAUUAAUCAUUUCAUUGGAAGCAAGUUGAAUAUGUGUAAUAAAAUGUUUUUCCAUAA